AUGAUAUCAAAGGAACGCGACGGUCAUAGUAAAUCACAGAACGUCCUCGAAUUAGUUACAGAAGAAGAAAAAAAUAGUGCAUCGCGUGCAUACGGCUGCAAGGCAGCGGGGAGGAAGGGGCUGCGGGGAGAGAGGACAGAGAGAGGGGAGAGGGGUGAGGAGAGGGGGAAGGGACCGUGGUGGGGCGUGGGGGUGUGUUUACAGCUAGGGGCGGCUGGACAGCGGCGCGCCACAGUCAGUGUUGUGGUAGGUCCCACAGAGGAAGCUCGCCUCGCACGCACUCGCUCUCGAGAUACCGCGGUAGAACAUGCUCAGCGCGAGUUCGAUACAGUUUUAGAUCUUACUAGUUAA